CCGAGGAAAUGAGCUCACGCACAGGCAGGCCGACCGCUUCGGAGAGGGAGUGGCGGGGCCGCCGCCGCCGCCGGAGAGAGCCUCUGCCCGCUCGGGCCACGGGAGGGGGGCUACCCGCGUGACGUCACCGGGCUGGGGAGAAGCAGCCUUAAGAGGGGCACCGGAGGCGGGGGAGGGGAGGGGAGUCGUGCUGAGAUCCAAGCCAUCCCGAGGGGGUGCCGAAGCCUCCUUCGCCAGGCAAAGGAGAGAGGAAGGAAGGGGGAGCAUCACGCGCAACUGCGGCCAGCUGAGCAUGUGAAGAGCCCGCGGAAUCCCGGGGAGGGGGAAAGUGAGCAUCUCCCGCCCCGGCCCCCUGAUGCGCGGAGGAAAAGAGGACAGCAUGGACCAGCAGGCAGAGCAGGAAGCCUGCAACCCAGGCGAGCUCGAGGGAGGGGCUCGGCAGGAUGGCAAGGAGGGGGAGGCGCUGAAAGGGACCGAGGCGCAGCCUGCUCCUGCUGCUGCUGCUGCUGCUGCAGAAGCUGCCAUCCGGGCGCCUUCUGCGCCGCCUCCCGCGCCGCCGCAGCCCGAGGCGCUGCUCAGCUCGGGCGAGUACGAGUGCCGCAUCUGCUACAACUUCUUCGACCUGGAGCGCCACGCGCCCAAGCUGCUGGAGUGCCUGCACACCUUCUGCCAGGACUGCCUGGCGCAGCUGCACCUGCGCGGCGGCGAGCACUCUCCGCGGGGCCGGGGCGCUCCCCCCGACUCCCACCUCACGUGCCCGGUGUGCCGGCACCGCACGGCCCUGCCCGACGGCCGCGUGCACAGCCUGCCCGUCAACACCAAGCUGGUGGAGGGCAUCUUGCAGCAGCUGCGCGGCUGGGCGCCUCUGCUGCGCGACCUGCGCGCCCAGCGCCUGCUGCUGCUGCAGGUGCCCCGGCCCCCCGCCCGGCAGCCCUCGCCGUCGUCGGACCGCAGCAGCGGCGCGGCCACGAUCACCGUGGGCAGCCCGGACGCCUCUUGCUCGGAGGACCCCGGCGACGGCCACUGCUGCGCCUCCUGCCGGCGGAAAGCGGGAUGCGUCUGCCUGGUGUUCACCUUCCUGGCCAUGGUGCUGCUGGGCUUCGCGUGGAUGGAGUGGCUGACGGGCUCCAUCUUCCUCGGCGUGGCCCUCGUGCUCCUCUUCGCCUCCACCGUGCCUUUCAUGUACAGCUACAAAUCCAGGAGCGAGCCCAGGACUAUCUUCUUCGCCAGAGCGACGGCCGGCGGCUCCAGGGAGGUGGCAUCGGGGCGCAGCACUCCCGGAGGCCGCGUGGCUGCCGAGAGCAGGAGCCGCUGCUAGACUGGCGGGGUUGGGGCGGCCUCUCCGCUUUUAAUUUAUUUAUUCCUUCCUUUAUUUCCGGUGCAUGAUAAGCUGCAUGAUGUUUAAGCAGGUGGGGUCUUCCCCGCCACAUUUGCACAGCCGGGCUGGGAAAAGCUUUCUCUUCCGAAUGUCUCUCACGUCGGGCGACUAUUAAAGGCAUAGGAGCCUGGUUAGAACAAGAGAUGUGGCAACCCGGACGCUUGCGAUUCCUACCCUUGGCAGGGUUGCCACCUUUUCCCCUGGCAAGGUUUCUGAUUUGCAUGCUAGGUAGGAAGUUUUUUGGGGGGAGGGAGGGGUCCAUAGCUCUCCUUUGCAUGCAGAUCACAAUUUCAGCACUUUCAGUUACAGGGACCUUGAGUAGCAAUUUCAGUUAAAGGGACCUUGAGUAGGUAGGCAGGGAAAACUCCAAAAUCCACAUUAGGGCAAUGUAUUUAUUGGGCCAACCCAAAUGACACAAAAUACGUAGUGUGUGAGAUUUUGAGCUCUUCCAUGUGAUUAGAUGGUUGAAGAGUUCUGGAGAACUUGGAAGUUUCCACACUGCUCUGGUCUAAUAAAGGCAUUGCCUUAAUAUGAUUUUUGAUUUCUUCUUCUUAUGGGCUACCCUUUGCUCUGUGUAGGGCUGGGAAAGACUCCGUAGAAGUGAAGUGCUCAAUACUUGUCCAAUGGCAGCUCCCCACGUUCUUGUGGGAAGGCCAUGAGGAAGAAAUCUCCCAGCUUGCCACACAAGCUGGGAGGGUUCCAGAGGUUGGAGAAAUAAAAGAAUGAAACUUUCAUCCUCCUGAAGGAAUGAUGGGCUGGAAAAAAGUCUUAGGCCAAUGACCUCUCCUGCAGAGUUCCUUUUUGCAUCUGGACUGGACUUAGCCCUGCCAUCUCUUUGUUGUGCCAAAGUUAAAACUCCAGGAAUGUUUAAAGCAGAGUGAGUUUCUGUAGAGUGCCUUUUCUCACUUCUUCCAAGGACAAUCCUCAUGCACAUCCUAGAUUAGAUGGUGCACCUUCCAAGGCAGACAAAUGCUUUCCUCUCUCAGAAAUUAUGCACUGCUCCCCCAAGACAUACUGAAGAAAUGUGGUAUUUGUUGUGUGGCACCCCAUGCAGUUGAUCAUGAUGUAGAAUCAAAUGUAUUGCUAUAUUUUUGUGGUUAAAGCUGGAGAAAAGCUGGGGUAUGGGAUAGGCCAUUCAAAUAGGCAGCUCUUUCAUGUCACAUUCCUUUAUUCUUGUUCUUUGAAAAUGAAAGAAGUGGUUAGAAAGUGA